AUGGCAACGCGAGGAUGCUAAAAUGGCGGAGAUGCACAAUGGAAGGACGUCGGACGUGAUCUCGAAUUUGCCCAGUUCUUAAACUGAAAUAACCUCAAGCGUAUACUUGUACCGCUUAAUUAAUACCAGUUUCGCAGCACUGUUCGUGUUACAAUAAUGUCUGUUGCUGUUCAUAGAAAUGCUUUACGGUUGAGUUCGCUUUUGAGGAAAGACAGAAGCCGGGUUUGCUCGACUUUCAUCACAAGGCCCCAUCCUGUACAGAAGCCUGAGAUUAUCAACGGCAAGGGAAUCGCCAGACAGAUUGAAGGCGAGAUAAGACGGGCAAUCGAGGUGGAUGUCUCUCACGGAAAACGACGUCCACAUCUGAGCGUCGUGCUUGUGGGAGACGACGAAGCGAGCGGAAUUUACGUGAAAAACAAGGUCAAAGCCACCGAAAGAACAGGUAUAACGAGCGAAGCCUUUCGUCUGCCCACUUGCACGAGUGAAGUGCAGCUGCUGGAUGUGAUAGGCCGAUUAAACGCCAGUCAUCUCGUGGAUGGCAUCCUGGUCCAGCUCCCGCUUCCUCCGCACAUAGACGAGAGCACCAUCUGCAAUUCUGUGCUCCCACGGAAAGACGUGGAUGGCUUCCACGCGCUGCAGAUGGGAAGACUGUGCCUUGACAUGGACUCUCUGGCCCCCUGCACUCCUCUUGCGAUUGUAGAGAUACUUAACAGGAUAGAUGUGGAUCCAUACGGGAAGCAUGUCGUCGUCUGCGGACGUUCGGCAAUUGUAGGCCUUCCCAUUUCAAUCAUGCUCGGAUCUGGACGCUCCUACGGUAACGCAACGGUCUCGGUUUGCCACAGUAGGACGGCACCUUCCGACCUGCGUGCCCUGGUCAAGAUGGCCGACAUUCUGGUCACAGCAACUGGGUGCCCUGGCCUUAUCACUGCAGAUAUGGUCAAGCCAGGAGUGUGCGUAAUUGACGUUGGCAUCACGAGAAUUCCCGACGCAGCUACUGGGCGCAACAAACUUGUGGGAGACGUCGACUUUGAUGGUGUUGCUCCAAAGGCAAGCUAUAUCACUCCAGUUCCUGGUGGAGUUGGGCCAGUCACAGUAGCGAUGCUCAUGAGAAAUACUUAUUUUGCAUAUACUGAAAGAAUAAAAUACUAAAAGCAUACGA